CACCGACCGCCCGUCAUGGUGUCGAGGCAGGACAGGCGUGAGGAGCGCGCCGAGGCCGAGGCUCGCCACGCCGCGGACGAGAUCGCGCGGGCGCGGGACGAGCGCGUGGUGAAGGCGGAGGUGGACGCCCGCAAGGCAGCGGACGAGAUCGCGAGCGCCCGCGCCGACCGCGAGGGCGCCGGCGGCGGCGGCAUUUUGGAGAGCGUGCAGGAGGGCACCAAGUCCUUCGUGAGCGCCGUGGGGCGCACCUUCGGCGGCGCCAAGGACGCGGCCGUCGACAAGACCUCCCAGACGGCGCAGGCCACCGGCGACAAGCUCGGCGAUUACAAGGACUAUACCGCCGACAAGGCCAGGGAGACCAACGACAGCAUCGCGCAGAAGACGAGCGAGACCGUGGAGGCCACCCGGAACAAGGUCGGCGAGUACAAGGACAGCACCGUGGUGAAGGCGAAAGAGACCAAGGACGCCGUGGCGCAUAAGGCGAGCGAGACCGCCGAGGAGACCAAGAACAAGCUCGGGGAGUACAAGGACGCGGCGGCCGGGAAGGCGCGGGAGGCCAUGGACGCCACCGCCGACAAGACUAGGGAGGCCAAGGACGUGACCAUGCAGAAAGCACAGGAGACGAAGGACGCCACCGCUGACAGGGCAAGGGAGGCCAAGGACGCGGCCAAGCAGAAGGCCGGCGAGUACACGGACUCUGCCAGGGAGACCGCGCAGGAGGCCAGGGACAGGUCCAGGGCGACCGCGCAGACCGCGGCCGACCAGGCGAGGGAGACGGCCGGCACCCACGACGCCGACAGGGGUCAAGGACAAGGUCUGUUCGGGGCACUGGGUUACAUGACGGGCGCGAUAAAGGAGAAGCUGACGCUGGGUUCAGCUCCAGGGCAGCAGCACCACGACGUCCGGCUGGGCGGCGAGGACGAGCGCGCGGUGAAGGAGCGCGCGGCGGAGAAGGCGGCGGAGGUGUACUUCGAGGAGAAGGACCGGCUGCUGAGGGAGCGCGCGGCGGAGCGGGUGGACCGGUGCGUGGAGAAGUGCGUCGAGGGGUGCGCCGACUCGGCCUGCGUGCACCGCCAGGGCAAGAUGUGA